GCGCGCGCGUCAGGAAGAUGGCGCUGCGUCUGCUGUGGAGAGCGCCACGCGGAACGGCGGCGGCGGCGCUGCCGAGGCUGAAACCACUUCUGGCAGCUGAUGUGCCCAGGGUUGGAUACAGUUCCUCCUCCAAUCACAAGUACAUUCCCCGGAGAGCAGUGCUCUAUGUACCUGGAAAUGAUGAAAAGAAAAUAAAGAAGAUUCCCUCCUUGAAUGUAGAUUGUGCGGUGCUCGACUGUGAGGAUGGUGUUGCUAUGAACAAAAAGAAUGAAGCUCGAUCGAGAAUAGUAAAAACUCUUGAAGACUUUGAUCUGGGCCCAACUGAAAAGUGUGUGAGGGUCAACUCGGUGUCCAGCGGUCUGGCCGAAGAAGACCUGGAGAUCCUCCUGCAAUCCCGGGUCCUUCCUUCUAGCCUGAUGCUGCCAAAGGUCGAAGGUCCUGAAGAAAUCCAGUGGUUUUCAGACAAAUUUUCAUUCUACUUAAAAGGCCGAAAACUUGAACAACCUAUGAAUUUAAUCCCUUUUGUGGAAACUGCAAUGGGUUUGCUCAAUUUUAAGACCGUGUGUGAAGAAGCACUAAAGACCGGACCUCAAGUGGGUCUUUUCCUAGAUGCUGUUGUUUUUGGAGGAGAAGACUUUCGAGCCAGCAUAGGUGCAACAAGUGGUAAAGAAGCCCAAGAUAUUCUGUACGCCCGACAAAAGAUUAUUGUUAUAGCGAAGGCCUUCAGUCUGCAGGCCAUAGAUCUGGUGUACAUCGACUUUCGAGACGGAGAGGGGCUCCUCAGGCAGUCCAGGGAAGGAGCCGCAAUGGGGUUUACCGGUAAGCAGGUGAUACACCCUAACCAAAUUGCCGUGGUUCAGGAACAGUUUUCUCCUUCCCCUGAAAAGAUUAAGUGGGCUGAAGAACUGAUCGCUGCCUUUAAAGAACAUCAACAAUUAGGAAAGGGAGCCUUUACUUUCCAAGGGAGUAUGAUCGACAUGCCAUUACUGAAGCAAGCCCAGAACAUUGUUACGCUUGCCACAUCCAUCAAGGAAAAAUGAUCUGUUAAAUGAAGCUCUCAUCAGGUGGGCUGAACAUAUACAGUGGGUUUCUUAAAGACAAACCAUAAUACUCAAGGCAACUUGUUAGUAUGCCAGAUUGGAACCUUUCUCCAUUUACAGUUCAUGGUAAUCACAAUUUUUUGUUGUUGUUAUCUCACUGGCCAGUUGUUCCUCUAAAAAUGAACUUUCUUCUUUUUGGUUCCAAGCUUAUGAUUUUAUUGCUCAUGAAUGUGUUGCAAAUAUGCACUUACGAUUUCACAGGGAGAUAAAAUCGUGGCGAGAGAUGGGCUGAAGGGAUGUUAGGUCUUUAAUGAAACAGAUCUUUUCCGAAUACGUAUGCUCCCUUCACAUUUCUCACGUUAGAUGUUUCCCCUGUCGUUCAUUUGUUCACUCAACACUGUAAAUAAUUUUAAGGCCAGUCUUAAAAAAAAAAUAGUAACUACCCAAAGGGGUUGCGUUUAGUCCUAGAAAUCUGAUAAAACAAGAGAUGGCAUAGAAAAGUUAAGUAUCGUUUUUGUUCAUACAGAUACCUUGUAAAAAUAAAUCUUCAAAACCUUACUCUUAACCUCCACCUCCCCAAAUGAAACACCCAUACAUAUGGGCUCUAGGUAAGGACUAUGAAAGCCUUCAUCCUGGGUGAAUGCUUUGGGUCAACAGUUACCAGCAAUUAAAAAAAAAUGUGCAGAAACACAAGACCAUCUAUUCUCUCCCUUAAUUUCCCCAUUUAACUGUUUGCCAUUGAGGCCAUUCCCCCCCUGCAAAUGUAUGGCUGGAACAGGCCCCCUCAGCAAUAAACUUGUAGCCUCUAAGAAGACACAAUGGGGCAGAUCUGGUGCAUAUGGUCCCCUGCGAGAUUUGCAUCACAUUAGAGAUGCUGCUGCAGGUCAUAUGGGUGGUGUGGUUAACGGGCUUAGUAAAGCUGUUUUGAAGAGGUUAACCCAGCUUGUAGUAAGGGUAAAUAAACAUAACAACCAGCCAUUCUUCCCUAUUCAGCAUGUGCUCUUAUAUUGAAGGCUAAAGGGUAUUGAAGCUGGGAAGGAUCAACUUGUGUUUGCCAGAGGACGCCAAUGAAAUUUGAAACACCAACAAUCAGAGAUUUUGUUUCUGCUCCUCAUUAAAUCAUGCGCUUUUGUGUUGAGACUCUGGACGACCGUUCUUUAAGAAAUUAACAGAAUGGGAAGUUUUAAACUCUACACCAACCUUUUCAUGACCUACACAGCAGCAAAGCUGCUAC